UGUUGAUCUAACCAGCUGCUCAGCUACAAACUGCCUUUUUACUGGAAGGAUGAGCCAUUUUUUCCAUUCUCUUCUGUGGUAGACUCUCAGCUGAUUUUUGAACAUCCCUUCUGACCUCCUGUACAUUUUGAAAUAGAUUUGACCAUGGUGCGUAAUGUGGAUGACCUGGACUUCUGCCUGUCCUCCCAUCCUCAGAGCAUCCUGGAGGGCUUGCGUUCACUCUGCUCUCACCCCAAACUGGUCGAUGUAACGCUGAGUGCAGGCGGUCGGGACUUCCCCUGUCACCGUGCCGUGCUGGCCCUCUGCAGCAUGUACUUCCGCUGCAUGUUCUCAGGGGACUUUGUGGAGAGCAUAGCUGCACGUGUGGAGCUUCAUGAUGUUGAUCCAGAUAUACUCAGCUGCUUGCUGGACUUUGCCUACACAGGCAAACUAACCAUCAAUCAGAGCAAUGUAGAGGGGCUGAUCUGCACCUCAAGCCAACUGCAGUUCCAGACAGUGAGAGCCGUUUGCAGCAGAUACCUCCAGCACCAGAUCGAUGCAACAAACUGCCUGGGAAUCAUGGAGUUUGGGGAGACCCACGGCUGCCCCGAGGUGGUAGCCAAAGCGUGGGCCUUCCUCUUGGAGAACUUUGAGGCUAUAGAACAAGGUGAGGAGUUCCUGCUGUUGGGCAAAGACAGGCUGGUUACCUGCCUGGGCGAUGAAAGACUACAAAUCCGGUCAGAGUGUACACAUGUGGAGGCCAUCUUGAAGUGGGUUAGACACCACAAGGAAGCUAGGCUCUGCCACCUGCCUGAACUUCUCACCUUGUCUCGUCUCUCUCUACUCAGCUUGGAUUACCUGGCUAACACCCUGUUGAAGGACAGCCUGGUACAGGCCUCUCCCAGCUGCACAGAAGCUGUGGAAAAAGUUCACAGGGAGAAAAUGGAUUUGGCACCACAGCAUUUGGACAGACCCAACUCUCAGAGUCCACAGCCAAACCUGCAAGAGGUGCUGUUUGUCAUGGGAGGUCGUUCACUGGAUGACUCGGAUGAUGAAGACUCAGAUGAAGACGAGGACAGAGACCCAAGACCGCAAACACCGCUGCAAAAGAAUUGUGCCUUCUACAACACAAAGACUAAACAGUGGCACGAGCUCCCUAAUUUCCCCAACCCUAACAAGUGGGGUUACUCUGUGGUGUCCUUGAACAAUAAUGUGUAUAUCACAGGGGGGUCGCGAGGUUCGAAUACCAACACCUGGUCAACCACAGAGACCUGGAAGUACAUCACAAGCGAGGGGAGGUGGGUUACUGUGGCACCCAUGCUCCGGCCUAGGACUAACCACACGUCAGCAGCGCUCGAUGGGGAAAUUUAUGUCAUUGGAGGCACAACGUCAGACCAAGUUGAGGUUGAGCGUUAUGACCCUUACAACGACACCUGGGCCUUGACCUGCCCUGCUAUAAAAUAUGUGACCAACUUCACCGCCACCACGUGUCAGGGGAAGCUCUAUGUGAUUGGCUCGUGUGCUGUGAAGUACAAUGCUUUGACCAUGCAAUGCUACAACCCUGUCAUAGACAGCUGGACCAUUGUAUGCUCGCCCUUCAUCCCUAAGUACUUGUCUUCACCUUGUUCUGUUUGCAUGGAUGGAAUUAUUUAUUUGGUUGCUGACAACACAAAGAAGGUUUUCUGCUAUGAUCCAGAGGCGAACAUAUGGCACAAGGUUCAGCUCCUCCACAUGCUACAUGAAAAUGGUGGACUGGUAACGUUGGAUGGGAAGCUGUUUGUUACUGGAGGCCACUGGAAAGGUAUGGAGGGGGACUACAGGGUGGAGGUGGAGGUUUACAACCGAGUAUCCAACACCUGGCAGGUGGAGUGCUUCCUGCCAAGACUCUGGGUCUACAGUGGGGUCUGCACCAUCUUCCUAGACCCAUCGCAGUGGCCUGAGAUUUUCCCCAUAGAUUCACUGUAAUGGCCUUCUGUCCUACACAGGGCUAAACUCAGGUUCACAGAGACAUGCUCCUGUCAUAUCCCUCUUACAGUGCAAAUUGAACGUUUAUAAUAAGCAGUUGCUUGUUAAUACUGCUUAUUUUGUUAUGUUACAC